CCAAAAGAUAUUUAAUUCAUUACAUACAGCUUAGUAAAUGCUUCUUGGUUAGCAAUUCCACAAGCUAGACAGGUGACUCAUACAGUUACCAUUUUUUGUUUUGAUGGAAAGAAGUUGGUCAGUUUGGAGUUGUGAGAUGACAGCCAUCUCUUGGAACAAGUUGCUGCACCACCAUCACCAGAUGAUAAUCUCCAGGCUGGUAGUGGCUGAGUAUUUGCUUUUGCCUACCGAGAUUUUGCUCUCAUUUACAUUCUGACAGCUUAAUUAAGUGCUGUAGUUAUAAGUAGAUAAUUUAAGGCAGAUUGAAGCUAACUAGAUUGUGUUCCUGCUGUGUUUGUGAAAGGUGUUAUUAGACACUGUAAAAACUCCUAUUGCCUGUCUCCAACCAUAAAGAAGGCAUGUGCCAGUGCUAAUCUGAUCAUCUAGGCUUUCCUCCACAUUUUAUACUCAUCCCUGAAGAUAGGGAAAAUUGCUGUGUGGAUGUGCUUCUCUGACUACACCAGAAACCUAAGUAACUAGAGUACAGUGUAGAAUUCAUCUUACUGUAUGUGUCCCAUAUGUGCUACACUGGAAGCAGUGUGUUUUACUGGAAGUGCUUAUGAACCAGUUUGUUUCUCAUCUUGGGAGCUUUCCUAAUGCAGCAUCAUUCUUCCCAGUCAAGUUAGAUCUAGCAAUACACCUGUCCUUGGGAGGGCAAGUUGUUGUGUUGAUUUGAACUUCCAGGAUUUUCCCAAAUACAAAGGAUUUACAGACUUUAACAUAGAGAUAUGUCAAAUAUAUUUCUAUAGUUGCUGAAUGCACAGAAGCUCUAGCAGAUAAGGCACUCAUCUUUUUUCCAUUCCUGCCUCCUCAUCUUGGACUGUUGGCUCCUAUGAGCACAUAGCUGAGUUCUGAAGCACAGCACAAAUGUAAGAGAAAUACAGUGAGGCAACCAAAAUAAUUAAAGGUAAUCAAGACUCUUUUCACCUCCCCUUUCUGGCACAACUGCUUCAGUGACUGGAAUUUGCAACAUAAUGCACAAUUCACCAAAAAGUUGAAGGCAUAAAAUAUUGCAAGAACAGUUGAGACUCUAGUAAGCUUUCCCUGUAUUCAUCUUUAGGAGAGAAGCUUUACUGAGAAAUGGUCACACUAAGGUGGAGGGCUCUUUUCAAACUGCUUCAGUUAUGAGCAUAUGUUUCUUGAGACUUGUCCUUUCUGGCUUUCAGUCUCUUCAUUUUUUUUGCUAAAAAGAUUUAUCAAAUCUCAUAAAGCUAAAUAUACAGACAAGAAGAAAGAAGCAGAGGCAUAUCAACGACUGGCAGAAACUGCUGAGAUCUGCGAUAACUCUGGCAGCUGGAGACAUGCACAGACACGGUAAAGUCUAAGCACGCAGAUAAGCUGUGUUCUGCCCACACCCAGCUCAGACACAAUACGGCUUUGGAGAGUUACAGAAGCACUGGAUCUCUGAGUAACUCCCUUCAGAAAAUCUUCGCAAUGUUCCUGGCUAAAGCUUUGCUGAGUGGAGGAAGCGGUAGUGGCCGUGGAGGAAGCCUCGCACGUGGCCUUGGAGGUCUCCUCACAGGAGGCGGACAUGGAGGGAAUCUUGGAGGACUUGUUGGAGGUCUUGUCAAUCUCAUAAGUGAAGCGGCAGCUCAGUAUAAUCCAGAGCCACCUCCACCUCCUUACAACCAUUUUACGAAUGCUGAAGCUCAUGAGAGCGAGGAAAUUAGACGGUUCCGUCGCCUUUUUGUCCAGCUGGCUGGAGAUGAUAUGGAAGUGUCUGCUACCGAGCUAAGGGAAAUCCUGAACAAAGUGCUUUCCAGACAUCAAGACCUGAAGACAGAUGGCUUCAGCUUAGACACAUGCCGUAGCAUGGUAGCAGUCAUGGACAACGAUACAAAUGGCAAACUGGGCUUUGAAGAGUUCAAAUAUCUGUGGAACAACAUCAAGAAAUGGCAGUGCGUAUACAAGCAGUAUGAUACCAACCAGGCAGGUGCUGUUGGGAGAGCUCAGCUGCCGGAGGCCUUGCGGGCUGCUGGGUUCCACUUGAAGGAAGAGCUCUGCCAGGUAAUCAUGCGCAGAUAUGCCAGCGAGGACGGUAGCAUGGAUUUUAACAACUUCAUUAGCUGCUUGGUGCGCCUGGACAGCAUGUUCGGGACCUUCAAGUCCUUGGACCAAAAUGGAAGUGGGCAGAUCAAAGUAACCAUUGACGACUGGCUGCAGCUGACCAUGUAUUCGUGAAAGCAUAGCAAAGAAGAAUAAGCUUUAUCUGAAAGAUCCACAUGGAAGACUGCAAUCCUGUAUUAUCAAGCUGUAGUCUUUUCCUUAUUCUAGGGUAGAUGUAGGUAGAGGUACUUAGCUUAGAUUGAAGUGCUGUGAUUCCUCUCGUGCAUGUGUUAGUCUGCUCUUCUGGAGGCUUUGUGCAAGUUAUCAGUUGUGCAGAUGCAUAAGUCUGUCUCAGAAAACUAUGUCUAGACUCUGAAAUGAGGGAAUAUGUUGAAGGAUCAAAGCUUAGUUAUUUCCUCACAUAAAGCAGGCUUGCAUAGGAAUAUAACUAUUAUUUAAAAGGCUCUAAGUUUGGUGGGUUUUGUGAUGUUACUGUUCCAAUUUGUCCGCAUUCAGUAAGCUGAAAUAAAGCUCUGCUUGCCUGAAGGCAGUCACCAGUAGAGUUGAAUGAAUUCAUAAGUUGUGCAGUUAUUUCUAACAAGGGAAUAAACAUUAAAGUUUCAAUGACUAUAAUGAUCAAUAAAUUUACAUAAUCAUAUUUUACUUCCUUCCUAUUUCUGCUUUUUCAUGCUUGUCUGCUAAACAAAACCUGAGUAGAAGUGCCACUUCUACCUACUAGCCAGGGCAAAAUUGAAGGUAUAUAAGGCUACUUUUACAAUCUUUUUCUCCUUCCUACGACUCUAUUACCAUAUCUUUUCUCUCUCUCCUUGAAACCUUAUUAUAGUUAUAAUGAAAACAACUUAAAAUAUUACACUUAUAUUUAGAGAAACUUGCCGUAGUAAUGCAGUCACACAGCAGACAGCCAGCCAAAAUCAACCUCUGGCUAUCAGACAUAACUUUGCAUCAGGGUGCAGCAUCCCACUCAGGCUAAUAGCAGAGUUUCAAGAUGUCAAUUUUUGAGUAAUACAACAAGAAAUAACACAAACUGCUAAGGGUGUAUUUUUCUGAAUUAAGGAAUACAUAGCUGAGGAUAAACAGUUCUUGUUCUGCGAACUAACGAGGAAGAUUUCUCAGCAGGGUUGCUUUAAAAGCAAGUUGGCUAGGGUGUGUGCUGCCCGAUGGGAAUGUGACACCAGGAGCGGAGCAGGCAGCAGCUGCACACAGCCUCCAUGUGUAGGAGUCCAAUGCCCCUGCUCCUCCCAGUGUCUCCAUCAGUGACUAACAGAAAUACCACACAAUACCUGCAAGGCAACUGGAUGCUAAUGCAGUACUGAGGUUUGGUUUGGUUUCUACAUUCCCAUAGCUUUGAUUUUUCAAUCUUAGAGUUGCACUCAGCCAAGUAUUUUCCAAACUGAUGAAAUCUCCUCCCUGGUACACUUGCAACAGCUUUUUACUUGCAACUUAGGAAGAAACUUACAACUUUUGCUCUUUUUUUUUUUCUUUUUCCUCCUGCACUGUGUUUAGUACCAAGCCAGGUAACACAAAGAGUAAAAAUAUUUGUGUUGGCUCAAACUGUGAUGAAAGAAGUCAGUCCCUUUCAAAUGACAUUCACCCUCACCCCAGGUAUUCAAUGGAAAAGUGCAGUUAUCCACAGGGGCAUUUGGGCUCUCUGAGUAACAGAAAAGUGGGUGUUGAGAGAAAACGUGAUGCCUCCAGGGGAGCACCACCCUACCAGGUUUGCUUCAGAAUUCCCUUUCUGACAAGAUACAACUUGCAUGUAGCAACAGGCAGUUGAAAUUUUUGACUGAGAGCAAAAGCCUCUUAUAUAAUGAGCCUGAGAGCAAAAGCCUCUUAUAUAAUGAGCCUGGGUGUGAACACGAGCCAUGCAAGUGCAGUUCCUCUCCAGGUGGUCCAGUUGUGGCUUCUCUGUGGUAGCUCUGUAGCCAGCUCGAGGUUUACUUAGCUAAUCAGAACAGGAAUGACCAGUGCACAUGUACACUUCAUUUUUCCUGUCGCCUUUGUACAAUACGAGUUUUGGGGCAGUAGUAUUUUGAAUUUUACUGACUGCAUCUGUCUUGCAGAGAGCUUUGCCAGCUGCCUAAAGCUAACUGGUUAUUUAGCUUUGAUCUCCUUGUGCAGCCAUAAAUGGAGACUGUUUAUGGCAGUGGAAACUUCCUUCUCCAAAGAGUAAGGUACAUUAUAUUAUAUAAAAACUACAUCAAAACCCUAGUUACCCCACAUGCUGUAGCACAGAUAGUAGCAGAAAACUUGUUUGCUUUAAGAAAACCAGGGCUGUUGAGGCUACACUCUUUUGGUUAUUUUAAUAAUAUAAUUAAAAACAUAUAAACAUGUUCUACUUCGAUAUUUAGAGAAUUGGAGCUUAGCUCACGAUUCCUUAAAAUGCGCUUGGGUGUAUUGGCUGCAAACACAGCUAGGUAUGUGUACAACAGCUGUUGUAGUUGCUCUUUUGUGCUGGUGCUACAGAAACAUGGAAGGUUUUCCAGUGUUUUCAGUUUUACUUCCAUCUCUCUUCCCAGGCAACAAACCCUAUCAUUUCUCCUUAACCAAAAUGCCAGAGCAUAUGGAAGUUAGCCAGCAUCUUAGGGCUUAGUAGACCUAGUCACAACAUGAUCUUACAAGUCUAGUAAUUUCAUUUCAUACUCAAGCUGCUGGCGUUCUCUGUAUCAGAUUGCUCUCAGUUUUGAUUAUUGGGUUUUAACACUUUAAGUAGAGUAACGUGAGCCUUGUUAGCUCUUGUCAUUUUUCAAAGCUGUGUUUACUGAUUUCAAAAGUUGUUUUUGAAUUAAUUUAAAGUUUACUGUCCAAUUCUUUUUCUGUGAUAAAUAUUCUUAACUUUAUGUAUGUUUAUAUAUUCUAAUGCCAUCAAAUAAUCCUUUGCUAAGAAUGAAGUCUAUAAAACUGUCCAAAAAUAAUAUUCCAAAGCCCUUUGGACAAUUAUUAUCUACAUUGUUGCUUCAGUCGUCUUAAGAGUUUAGGUUUAUAAUGUUACAUUUCAAAGCUAGGGCUAUUAUAAUUAGGAGAACUGCGACACGGCCAAAAUACUUAAAGUGAACCUCUGCUGCACAGUGACACAACUGAUUAUUAAAUAAAACAGCAUUUAGGAGAGAAUACUGCCCUUUUCCAAUGAUUAAAAGCUGUCGAAAGUUGUAUCCCUUGACACGCACCAGACUUAAAACUAUUCAUAUUUUUGCUAAACAACUAUCUUAAGAUCUAAUUCCAGUAACAGAAAUCCCUGUUUCCUAGAGCCCAAGACUUCCAAAGCACUCUACAGAGCAGCCUUAGCAUUUCUCCACUGGGGAGCUCCAUAUUCCACUAGUCAGCAGGAGAAAACCAGGAACAGAAAGGUUAAGCGUGGUAUGCUGAAGUGGGCAUUGGAAGCUGGUGGGAGAGCCAGGAAUAGAAGCAAGUUCUGGCUGUUCACUACAGAUUUACCCAGGAGACCACCCCUCUUUCACUUGGCUGAAAAUGUUUUGUGCUGUUUGUUCUCAGACUUAGUGAGUCCACUUAAGAAAAAAUAAAAACCUUGAAAUGUACAGCACAUUAUCUACAAAAGGAACUCUGCUUUACAUUUUUGUUUGCUUUUUAAAUGUUUUUAAUGAAUGUCCUUAACUGUGAAUGUUCCAAACUAUGAGCUUCGAGUCAUCACAGCUAUGCUUUCAUUAGCUGCUCUGGGUCCCAUCACCAACGCUAACAUAUGGCUGCUUCCCUAGGCUGGAUGUUUCCCAAAACCCUCAAGAAAACUUUCAGUGUGGUCACAGGAACAUUACUGACUUAAACAUGUAUUCCAGUGGGCGUCUACUGUUUUUCCUGUCUGGAAAUACAAUGCAGGUUACAUGGAAUUAAUCACAAAUCCCAUCAGCGAAAGCUCUGAUUGAAAGAGCUGUGUAGUUACUGUGUGGAAAUGUUCAUUCAGGUCAAAACUACAAUUAUCAGACAGGCUGCUACAAUUAACUCGUUGCAUUUCUAGCUUACAAUGUAUUUGCUUCAAAACAGCAUGUAGGGCAAUGCAUUUGCUUCAAAGAAAAGCUUAAGAUAGACCAUGUUGAUUUACUGCGUCGUCAGGCUGUACUUUUGCUGGCGUAUAUUUUAUUGCUGAAGGUUCUUAGGAAGAAUUAACUCAAGGCAACAGCCUCACUGCUGCCCUUUUUAUUCUAGGAUGUUGCAUUAGUCUGAGAUUGUGCUACAUGAACGUUUCCAUUUCCCUUAAGCACCUGUAUUACAGUUCUUGUUAGGGGUUUCUUAGAGGCCAUACGCAAAAGAAAAUCUCCUUGUUUUAAAUUGUUUUAAAUCUUUUCACUUGUGUGUUUAUAAGAUAGAAAUUGAUACCUAUUGAUGCCCCAAAUUGGGGAUCAAUUUCUAUUUUGCUACUUCAUCCCUAUUAUUACACGAAGUUUGAAAGCUGUUAGUAUUUUAUCCAGGAAGAAAAAAGGCCCUUAAUGUUGUAGCUGUCUUAGUGCAUGUUGCAUAGUGGAUUAGUACAACAGCUUUUAAAGUGAUUUGCACUAUUAGCCAUAACUCCUGCCAUAUAUAU